UUUACUUCGCCAGUCUGUCGACGGAGACGGGGAGAGGACUGAUCAAUGGAAGUUCCCGGUGACCGGAAUCGACGACGUCGACAGGCUGAUCUCACCGCCGGACGAAAUCAUCACCCAAAUACUCCUUUACCUGCAAACCCAGUUCCCCGUCGGCACCACAGCCUUGAGCCCACGGUGGAAGGAUCUUUUGGAGUAGGGUUUCCAAUCCAGCACGCAGUUGAAUUGCUUCCUGCAUGUUAUCAAACUGCGUGCUGGAUUGAACAAUGGGUGUUGUUCGUCUUCCAGCUCCUGCUACCGGCGACUUAAUUUUCCUCCGCCUCUUGUUAUUGCUGUUUCGUCAUGUGGGAAGUAAGCCAUGGAAGAACCAGAAGAAGAAGAAGAAACAGCAGCAGCAGCUGAUCUUGUUGUUAGUGGAAGACUCUCCAAAUCUAAUUUCAGGUUCGUUCUCGUUGUCAGAAACCCACAACGGAACCAAUGGAGACAUUAGAACUAGACGAGAAGUCCCUUUUUCUUUUACUUCAUUUCAUACAGUGAAAUUUUGUGAAUUCUGGCAUUUCCCUCCCCAGAAACCCAGUUCUAGAAGUGGGUAGGUCGUUUUCAACCCAGAAGGUCACAACCUUAUUACCUCAUUCAUUUCCUUCUUAAGCAAUGAAUUUAGAUUAAUUAAUUCAGUUUCUACUUCAGUAGUUGGUAUUUGUGUCGUGUGUAGCUGGUGGUCACCUUGCUAAUCUACCUUACAAUCUACUGAGAUGUUUCAACAAUCAGGGCUAUGGCCCGCCAUUGUUCAGACCAGAAGAUGGUGUGCUACUGUGCUGAUUCCACUUGCCCAAGCUUCUUUGAGCAGCUUUUUUACCCAGGAUUCCAACCAAAUUAUCUAAUUCCAAAAAUCAUCUAACUUGACAAGCACCAGUCUACCAGAAGAGACAAAGUAACUUUACGUAGCCUCGAAGCUGAGGAAAACAUAAAAGAGAAAAUGGAACCAUCUUCUUCAGGGCAUUGCUUGGAGUUCUUGUUGCUAGACAGAGACACACACACCUACCAAGCAAAAACGACAGGGCUGCAGACUUCUUCACCCAUUUCCAUGGCCUCUCUCCCUCCAUUACCCUUUAUUUAUAGAGUUGGAGAAGUCAGCCAUUCAUCCCAAACCAGACUGAAAGGGGAAAAGAAGAAAAAACACUAACCCACCAAGAGGAAUAGACAGCAGCUUUGGGAUCGAUGGCGUCUUCCUCCUCCUGUCUUGGGUUCCUCUGCCUUCUGGCCUGCCUCCUCCCAGCUUUCGUGAACUGCACAGUUCGUCAUUACAAGUUCAAUGUGGUGAUGAAAAAUACUACAAGGUUGUGUUCGAGCAAGCCGAUCGUGACCGUGAAUGGCAAAUUCCCAGGCCCAACCCUCGUUGCUAGGGAAGAUGAUACAGUGCUAGUGAAAGUUGUCAACCAUGUCAAGUACAAUGUUUCCAUCCAUUGGCAUGGCAUUAGGCAGAUCAGGACCGGUUGGGCCGACGGUCCGGCUUACAUCACGCAGUGCCCUAUCCAGCCAGGACAAAGCUAUGUGUACAACUUCACCGUCACAGGACAGAGAGGAACACUUCUGUGGCACGCACAUAUCCUCUGGCUGAGGGCUACCGUCCAUGGAGGCAUCGUCAUCUUGCCGAAACGGGGCGUUCCUUAUCCCUUCCCAGCUCCUCACAAGGAAGCCGUCGUAAUAUUAGGGGAAUGGUGGAAAUCCGACACAGAAGCUGUGAUCAAUGAAGCCACGAAAUCAGGAUUGGCGCCGAAUGUCUCCGAUGCACACACGAUCAAUGGCCAUCCUGGUCCCGUUUCCAACUGCUCGACACAGGGAGGCUUCACAUUGCCAGUCCACGCCGGAAAAACAUACAUGCUAAGGCUGAUCAACGCUGCACUCAACGAAGAGCUCUUCUUCAAAAUCGCCGGCCACAAGCUCACAGUAGUAGAGGUCGACGCCACCUACGUCAAGCCAUUCAAAACCGACACGGUCCUGAUCGCUCCAGGACAGACGACGAACGUCCUGGUCUCGGCAGACCAAAGCUCGGGGAAGUACCUGGUGGCCGCCUCGCCGUUCAUGGACGCUCCGAUCGCCGUCGACAACAAGACCGCCACUGCCACCGUCAGCUACGCCGGCACACUCUCCUCUGCUCCAACUACUCUGACCACCCCACCUCCCAAAAACGCCACCGCAGUGGCCAACGCGUUCACAAACGCCCUCCGGAGCUUAAACUCCAAGAAAUUCCCCGCAGCCGUCCCAAAAACCGUCGAUCACAACCUGUUCUUCACGGUCGGGCUGGGAAUCAACCCGUGCCCGAGUUGUAAAGCAGGGAACGGCAGCAGAGUGGUUGCAAGUAUCAACAAUGUCACAUUUGUAAUGCCCACCACGGCUCUGCUUCAGGCGCAUUUCUUCAAACAGAAGGGGGUCUUCACCACCGAUUUCCCGGCCAACCCGCCACAUGUUUUCAACUACACCGGAGCCCCGCCGGCGAAUCUUUCUACCACGAAGGGGACGAAAGUUUACAGGCUGGCUUACAAUUCGACGGUCCAGCUGGUGAUGCAGGACACCGGGAUCAUCUCGCCGGAGAACCAUCCUAUCCAUCUCCACGGAUUCAAUUUCUUCGCCGUGGGGAGAGGAAUCGGGAACUACAACCCGAAAACGGAUUCGAAGAAGUUCAAUCUGGUCGACCCUGUUGAGAGGAACACCAUCGGAGUUCCUUCGGGAGGGUGGGUCGCCAUUCGAUUCCGGGCUGAUAACCCAGGAGUCUGGUUUAUGCAUUGCCAUCUGGAAAUCCACACGACAUGGGGAUUGAAGAUGGCGUUCUUGGUGGACAACGGGAAAGGGCCGAACCAGUCACUCUUGCCGCCUCCAAGUGAUCUCCCCAAAUGCUAAACGUCGGAGGGUUUGAAGGAUUCUCCCCCGUAUAAAAACAGAGUCGGAAAAGAAUUGUGCAAACAAAAGAUUGAGAGUUGAGUUUUUAAUUUGUUUCUUGAGCAAAAGUUUUGCUCGAGCAAGUGAGAAUAAGAGAUUGUAUGUGACUAAUUGGAGAUCUAUUUAAGAGCAAAGUAGUUUGUCCUCGAUACAAUGAGUAAUUGGGAUGUGAUAUAAUUUGCUAUUAUGGUGUUUAGUGAUUCGAUUCAUAAUCAAUAUUCCAUUCAAAUUUAAUGUUUGGCAC